AAGUAUUUUUUUGAAAUGGCAACAUCACAAUGAGAAAUUGCGCGCUUUUCUAUCAAUCAGUGUCAAAUGUCAAUGUCAAGUCCAUGUCAUUUCGGCGGUCCGGUCAUAAAUUCGCGCGUCGAUUAUUAGUUCGUUUAAGAAGAUUUAAUGUACAAUUUGUUAAAAUAACAUGUGAAAAUGAAUACAUUUAUGCGUGGAAAGAAGUUGGUUGAUCUUGCUUUAUCUAACAAUGUUUCAAGCAAUGGCCGAAGAGGAGCCUUGGAAAACGUUAUACCUACCGGUGACCCGUUGAGCUUGUCAGAUACUGUCAUAAAUAUGGAGGUUAAGCAGGUUGAUCCAGCAAAUAACUAUUUGCAGACAUCACCAAAUUCUAGCCCCAGUAUUUUGGCUGAACAAAAUGUAACUUUGACUGAUCAGUAUUUUGCAUCUACUGAUACUGUAGAAGUGACACGAAGUGAACCAAACUGCUGUGAUGAUUCUAGUGAUGGUUCUCGUAGUUAUUAUUCGGACUCUGACAAAGAUCCAAUCUUUGUAGUGCCCGAGUCAGAAGAAGAUUCAAGUGAAGAAGAAAACUACAAUUUAUCUGACUCGGAAAAUAAUAAUACAACACCUGUGACACCGAAAAAGUCUCGGAAACGAAAGAGAAAUGAAGCUGAAUGGAAGUGUAAUCAGCGCAAGAUUAAACGAUGUGCAGGAAAAACUUAUAUUUCCAAAAAUAAUAAAGAAGUACCAGCCAAAACCUUAAAAUCUCCAUGUUUGCUAAAAUGCAAAAAAAAAUGUUCUCUAAAAAUAUCUGUAGAGAAGAGGAAAGAAAUUUUAGAAAAUUUCUAUAGAGAAGACUUUGACAAUAAUAUGAAAAGGCUUUUUGUUGCCAAUAGAGUGCGGAAGGUUGAUUUACAAAGAAGACGUCCCCGUACUGGGGCAAGAAGAAACAGACGUAACUUCACUUUGCAAUACACAUUUCAUGUUGAAGACAAGGAGAUUCCUGUGUGUAAAACUUUUUUUUUAAAUACGCUAUGUAUUUCACAAAGUUUUGUAGAUGUUGCUCUGAUGAAAAAGGUAGAGGGAGGUGGUGUGAGCAGUGACCAAAGAGGUAAACAUACUCCUAGCAAUAAGCUUGAUGACUGUGUACGAAACACUAUAAGAAAACAUAUUGAAUCAUUCCCUUCUAUUGAAAGUCACUAUAGCAGAGAACGCACUAACCGUAAAUAUCUUGGAAAUGAUUUAAAUAUUAAAAAGAUGUACUCAUUAUAUUUAGAAUACUGCAAGCAACUAAAAAUUCCUAAAGAAAAUGUUGCAAAAGACUGGCUGUAUUAUGAUAUAUUUAACAAGGAAUAUAAUCUUUCAUUUAAGCAACCAGCGAAUGAUACGUGUGACACAUGUGAUGAAUUUAAGAUAUCAAUUCAACAAAGUGUCUCCUCUGAAAGGGACCUUAUUCAAAUUGAUUAUGAUAGACACUUGAUAGAAAGCCAGCGAAGGUAUGAUCUAAAAUCAGCUGAUAAACUAUUGUCAAGACAAGAUAAGACUAAAAAGGUUGUAAUGAUAGAUUUACAAAAAUGCCUACCCACACCAUAUCUAACCAACUCCCAGAUAUUUUACUUAAGAAAAUUAUGGACUCUGAACCUAACCAUUUUUGAUGCUUCAACUAAAGAGACAUAUUGUAUAAUGUGGGAUGAGACUACUGGUGCCAGAGGUGGUUGUGAAAUUGCAUCCUGUUUAUAUAAGUGGGCUAGAGAAAACUUACUAACUAAUGAUAAGAUAGAAGAACUUACAAUAUGGUCAGACAACUGUGGAGGCCAAAAUAGAAACUACAUAAUGAUUUCAUUCUAUUUUUGGUUACUCAAACAAUGCCCCACUUUAAAAAUUAUAAACCACAAGUUUCUUCUGAAGGGACACACACAUAUGGAGGUGGACGUCCAACACUCGGUCAUAGAGAGAGCUAAGAAAAAGAUAAACAACACUAAUAAAGGUAUAAUGAUACCAUGGGAUUGGCAACAAUUUAUAAGAAAUUGUUCAUCACCUAAUAAUCCCAUUGAAGUUUACAAUAUGGAAUUAGAAGACUUUUUAAAUUUUAAAACACUUUUCUCGGGUAAUGCAGCUCCCCUUGUUAUCAGAAAGAAAAAUUGCAGCAAUGAUAACAUACUUAUCUCUGAAAUGGUACACAUUCAAGUAAGAGCUACAGAUAUAGGUACCCUAUUUUAUAAAACAGAUUUCAGUGAAGCUGAUUUUAAUAGAGCUGAAUUCACAAGACACACCAGACGCGGCAUUAACUGGCCAGAAGAGAUACCGGUAUGCAACAGCACUGUCAGGAGAAUUUCCACUGCUAAGUUUAAGGACUUACAAGUGGCUUUAAAGUGGGUACCAAGUUGUUUCCAUUCUUUUUAUAAAAACAUACCGCAUGGAUCUGAAAUUGAAGAGUAUCCUGAAGAAAAUGUGGAUUAGUUUGUAAGUUUUCUUUUUAAAUAAAAAUGUGCUAAAAAUA